GAUCGUUCUUAACUUGGAGUUUAACAUUUUUUAACUAAAGGAUUUUUAUGUAUUUUGUGAAUGAUUGGCCAGUUGGUGCAUCUCCAGUGAGCUAGAUAGCCGUCACUAUGGCACAGGCAGGAUCUCCCUGUGAACCAGAUGCUAAGAGACUGAAUUUGAAAAGAAAAAGAAACUCCACUGAUGAUGAGGCAGAGAAUAUGCCACCAUUGAAGAUAUCACCUAGGUUAGAUGAUGAAGUGAAUGAACAACCAGCAUGUAAUGUAGUGGUGGAGUCAUCAUCAUGCUCCAGUGAUGAUGAAGGCUACCCAAACAGUGAACAACCCAGGAGUGUGUUUACAGACAUAGAUUAUAAUGCAGAUAGUUACCUUAGUCCACCAAGUAUACCUGAAUUACCAAAUUGUGUUCUAAGCCCCUUAGACAAUGUGGCUAGAGGUGACUCCACACCACACUCAAACAAGAGAGCCAGUACAAGUAAGUUCCGUUGCCCUACACCUCCAAAACGGAAGUGUCCUCUGCCCAGCCUGUCUUGGGCUGAUCCGGCGGAUGUCUGGAGAAGCAUGUGUGAAUGUGACAUAAAGUCAUCCAUGAGGAAGAGCCCUAACAUGUUUGAAAACCAUCCCUCUCUCCAGCCAAGGAUGAGAGCAAUUCUGCUUGAUUGGCUCAAUGAGGUAUGCGACGUACAUAAGAUGCACAGAGAAACGUUCCACCUCACCGUGGAUUACCUGGACCGGUAUCUCACCGAGACGUUGGAUGUGCAGAAGGGCAGCUUACAACUUAUAGGGAUAACAUGUUUAUUUAUUGCGGCGAAAGUCGAAGAAGUAUAUCCGCCUAAGAUCGGGGAGUUCGCUUAUGUAACAGACGGCGCGUGCACGGUCGAGGAGAUCCUAUUAGAAGAGCGAUUAAUACUAAAGAUACUGUCGUGGGACAUCACGCCUAUUACUAUCAACAGUUGGUUGAAUAUCUACAUGCAAUUGGCCAGCGAGGGGAAAAGUGCCAAGAGGAGGCUCCUGGGCGAGAGAGAUGUGGGAAUCAACGCGCUGCGGGGCUACACGUUCGUGUUCCCGCAGUACUCCUCGCUGGAGUUCGUGGUUUGCGGACAGCUCGUGGAUCUGGCUCGACCUCAUCUGUCCCGACCUCAACCUGGACGAGAGCCACCGCAUACAGGCGCACAACGUCACGCUCGACAUGUU